AUGUCUUCCAUAUCUUAUCUUAGGGUGAAUGUAGCUAAGGGGUUUUCGGAACGAUUAAAACCACGAGAACAGCUGAUGUCACUGUCACACCAUGUGCUGGACAUGUCACCGCCUCCACAGGGACCUUCCCCUCAGGCACCUCGAGGCUCAAUCUCACCCAGCGUUGGUCUGGAGACCGAGCCAAGGGACGACCGGCGGAGAGGACGACUCAACGCUGAACUGCUAAUAGAGGUCUUGGCUGGAAACACAGAUUCAGUAAAAAGAUGUCUAGAAACAGGGUCAUCAGUCAACGCCACUUGUCGCCCAACCCUUACCUCCGCACUACAUCUAGCAGUGGCUUGCAGACAUGAGGACAUCGCAAGACUGCUGCUGUCCUCGGGGGCAGACGUCCAGCGACGUGACCUGGAGGGUAGACAGGCCAUCCAUGUGGCAGCAGCUGUCGGCGAUCCAGUGUUGUUACGUCUGCUGCUGCAACAAGAUUCCGACAUGGUCAACAGUCAGGUGGUGCCCUCAUAUGAGGCUGAGGACACACUGAGUCUAGACUGCUGGAGCCACGAUCAUAGCUCUGUCUCUGACAAGAUUCCUCAAGUUGCACAAAAAUCAUCUCCUCUUCACCAAGCUGCUCAAAGAGUCAACUUAACUUGUGUAAUACUUUUGCUUGAACAAGGAGCUAAAGUUGAUGUUAAAGAUGGAAGAGAUUUAACUCCUUUGGAUGUGGUACUGGAUGCCGUUGACUUCCAAGGGCGUACUCCAUUACAUCUCGCUGUUGCCCAGAUGUGGUUGCCAGGAGUCAGUCAUCUGUUGGAGGCUGGAGCUGAUGUAAAGGUCACUUCUAGUGAUGGUCAAACAGUGUUACACAUGGCUGUGGCUACUCAUCAGCCAGAUCUGCUGAAGGAGCUACUUACAAUCAGGGAAGCAGUCAAUAUGAUCGAUGCACGCAACAGACACCAUGAAACACCACUAAGCUGGGCUGUGUCCAUGGGUCAGUUGGCCUGUGUGGAGGUUCUUCUUGCCAAGGGAGCAGACGUCACUAUCAAGCUGCCUGGAAAGUGCAGUCUCAUACACUUAUGUGCCAUCAGAGGUCACAGCUCAGUUUUGGCAGAAAUCCUGAAGUACCCUCGCAUGGCAAUGUUCAAGAACUCACAGACCAACGAGCAGAAUGGUGGCUUGACUGCCCUCCACCUAGCGGCUCUGGAGGGAUCCACAUCCUGUGCGGAUGUCCUUUUAGCUGCAGGAUGUGAUGUGCACAAAGUGUCCUUCCAGUGUCCUUACCGCAAAUCAACGCCCUUACAUAUCGCUGCCAUGAAAGGGCAUUCUAAGAUAGUCCUAGCAAUUGUAAAUCACGAUUUAAGCACCCUCAAGGCUAAAAACGAAGAUAAAUGGUAUCCAUUACACGUUGCGGCUAGGUUUUCAAACCAUGAAUGUGUCAAAAUAAUGUUACUCAACGGAGCGAAUUUGGCGACAACCGUUUUGGAUUCAGAUUUCAAAAAAAGAACAGCUUUUGACAUAAUUGUUUGCAACAUACUUGAUCCAGCUGCCUUUGUUAAUGAUGUGUUUGACUGCUACAUUCAAGUCAAUGAAUACCCGUUGAAUAGCAACGAGUGUGAGAUAAAAGAGCUUCUCCAGGCGUUCAGAAUGCAGCGUUACUACUUCAAGGACCUGGAAUCCUGGAUCAAGUGGUCUUCCUUCUUGCUGUCCUUCCUAGUGCUACUGGGCGAUCAUCCUGCCGAAUGGCUGGCCCAAGUGUCGUCAGUUGCUGUGCUUCUGUCCUGGCUAGAGCUUCUUUUUCUUCUUUCCCGUUGGCCUUCCACUCUUGGAUUCUACAUCGUCAUGUUCUUCACUGUUGCCAGAAAUGUAUUUACGGUGUUGGCUACGUUUCUGUUUGUCAUCCUUGGAUUCAUGUUCACCUUCAUGAUCCACUUCCGAGACUCCGGUCAGUUCACAGACGUGUGGGGAUCGUUCACCAAGGUCCUGGUCAUGACCUUUGAGUUAGACUAUGAGAAGAUGUUCCGGACAGUAAAUGGUAUGAAUGCUGUGGUGGGCCGUGGCAUCUUUCUGUACUUCAUGGUGUUGAUGGCGAUCGUCUUAAUGAAUCUUCUGGUUGGUAUAGCGGUCAGCGACAUUGCCAUGCUUCAGAAGCAAGGAAGAGCUAGACGGCUCGCAAAGCAAAUUGACUUCCUCAGCAUGCUGGAAUCGCAACGCAGCAACUGCAAAAAGAAAAACUGUGAAGUUGGUUGCAUCGGAGAUGAUGUCUCUGUACUGAGAACGCUGUAA